AUGACUCGAUAUUUGCACAUGUUUUCCCCUUUGUUUCUUGAUCGUUUGAGCUUUAAUUAUCGCGUCUUUGGCCUAUUUUAUGCUAGUUUGUGUUCCUUUGUCACAUUUCAGGUCCUAGCACAUAAAGUGAAGCAUAGGCGCAAGUUUCAAGUCAAUCAGAGAUCAAUUGGCGAUUUGGGAGAAGAAACUCGGGCAUGACCUGAAGAAGAAUGGAUUUCUACCUCACUUUAUGGACAAAGAAUCAUGCAAGCUUGACAUUAAAAGAAAGAGGACGAGACUACGAGCGUCUGGGAUCAAACGGCGACUGAUUCGGAGUCCGGACGAGGGAGAAACGAAGCAUUGAAUAUAGGGGAACAGGUUCGGCAGUAAAAACACGGGCGCGCCUAAAUCAAAACACGGCCGUGCCCAUAUUUAGGCACGACCAUGUUUUGGCCGACGCGCGCGAGCGUGUUUUUAACACGGGGCAAAACACGGGCGGUCAAAAGCAAAGCACGGCCGUGCCCUCGACCGUGUUUUGCCCAGAAUCAAGUUUUUUAACGCAAAUUCGAGCCAAAGGAGAGGGAGAGCUGGGUUUUGGAUCCCAAACACCCAAGGGACGAACCAAAGAGAGAAAUGGCGAUCUGAGGGCAUUCUAAGAGUGGAAUUGGAGGAUUUCUUCACCUUGGAAGCUCGAGGAACAAGCCCGGACUUGAAGACUGAUCAUCUGAAGAUUCUUACUGCAGUCUCUCUCUUCUCUAUGGAGUAACUUCCCUUCACUUAGGUUUUGAGGAACCCUAGCUAUGUUUGUUUGAUUGGAUGAUUGUAUGAGUACUCUGACUUGAUAAUCUUGAGUUCAUAUUCAAUCUAUGCAUGUUUUCAUGAUUCAAUUCUGCUUUAGUCGAGAUUAUUGAUUCUGCUUUGAUCCUAUGAGAGGGAAUACCUGAUUAGGUCAAUAGGGCACCAUAGAUUGAUAGUAGUGGAUCGAUUGCUUUAGUCGAGGAUUGAUUCACUGCUUUGUAUCGAUUGAGAACCUCUUUCGAUAGAGGGAGUCUAGUUCAGAACGCCUUGAUCAGUUGUUCUAGAGAAGGAUACGUCCCUCUAGGCAAUUGACUCAAGAGGGCCUUGUUCCUUUAGUCGAGACUCAAGGUAUAGUCAAGGAUUCUCCGCAUUGUGAAUGAAAGUGAAACAAGUUGGAAAUCAUCAAUCGUUAGUCUGGCUAGUGGCUAGGGGAAAUCAUACCUAAGUGAGUUCCCAACCUGUAAUUAGAUUAACUUUAACUGUAGUUUGCUAGAGUAGUUUUAGUUCUUCCUUAUUAAUCUGGGUUGCUAAAUAAUAAACUGAAGCUGAGUAAUAGUAACUCUAGAGACCCGUGGAUUCGAUAUUUAUCACUUGAGCCACUAUACUGCAGUCCCUUCCAUUGGUUACACUUGGCCAUUGUUAGGUGUUGUGUCGUAGCGAGUCAGACAUACCCGUAAAUAAUUUCUUCAAACACUAAUAUUCUUAUAUUAUCGAAAUUUUUUAUAGGAAUAUUGUCAUAAACACUAAUUACAAUAAUAAUUUAUCCAUAUUAUUAGGAUAAUAUUGUCAUCAAGACUAAACACUCAAAACGAUCCAUAUUAUUAGGAUUAGAUGCAAACCGACCUCAUUUUGGUUUUCGAGUGCAAGUUGGGAGAAAGAGAUAGGAUUUUGGUAAAACUUGUACCACCCAACUCACAAUUUUCAAAAGCGGGUAAAACACGCACUGAACCCAAAAUCCAUCACUGCAUGGUUUUACCCAAUUUAAUUGGGUUCAUACGGAUUGGCUACCCAAAGAUCCAGGUUCAACUGACAUCUCCUACUACUACUAGUGAUGGCAAGUUGAACUUGUCUCGCCAAGUAUUACCCGACCUAACUCACGUCGGUCGAGUAAUAUCUGACCUACAGUAACGUGGGGCGAGACAUGGGUACUACUUCCAACCUGCCCCAUCUUGUUCUUGACCCCUGCUAGCUCAAUUUGUCUCCUUAUUUCUCCUAUGUUGACUUAUAUUAACUCAUAUUUUCACCCAACAAUACUUUAAAUAUGCAGAACACUUUAUCAUUAAACUAAUUGGACUCAGUUAGUCUACCUUUUAUCUAUAUUUUCAUUUAUGAACUAAUUUUAUUUUAUUUUAUCUCUAAAAAAUAAAGAUUUUCUUCAAAUAACAUAUAAUAAUGCGUUGACAUGCCUGGAUCCCUACCCAUGCAUAUAUUAUCCAACAUGACAUGCGGAUGGUGCGGGACAGAUAUGGCUAUUGAGGUACCAGCCUCGUCACACCUCAUUGCCAUUACCUAUCCCUACCUCUUACCAAUGUAAAAAUGGGCAUCUAACGGCAAAUGCAUGAUUUUCAAACCAGUUCCAUGUCCGCCAGUUUUAUUAGGUCUGAUCGAUACCGACAUCAAAUCUUCUUGGAAGACUCUGGAUUUGCGAAGAAAGCAAUAAAACUCGAUGAAAUCGAUGAGUCUGGCCUAGCUAUGGGUGAAAGAUGCAUUCUUAUUGAUUGGGAAACUAUGGAGUCUAAAGAUCCCAAGUUGAAGGAGAUGGAUGGCAAUGGGACAAUAAGUUUCUCACAACCGGAAAGAAACUUGUGGACCAAAUUAAGAAGAGUAGUGAGGCAUGCUCGUUUUGUGGAUUGAUAGAAAAACACUAUCAUAUUUUCAGGGAGCAUGCUUGGGUUCGAUGAGUAUAGUGAUAACCCUCUCCAGCCUAUGUUCAGUAAAGGGGAGAAUCUAACAUGUGAAACUUGGUUGUGUGCCCUUUAGGAGAAAGAGUCGGAAGAGCAUAUUGGCCAAUUCCUUAUUUCGUUGUGUUUAAUUUGGAAAGAAAGAAAUGGUCAAUGAGCAAUAUACAGUUUGAAGAGUAUGAGAUCAUGCGAAAAACGUUGAGUUGGUUAGAAUAUUACAUUGAUUAACACCUUCAUAAUCUAGUCUCUGAGCCGAAAAGAGAGUGAAUAUGGAUGCCCCUGACUAGUGUUUAUUACAUAAUCAACGACAAUGUUGCUAUGGUGACGGGACAAGGAAAUGGGUUUGCUGUUGUGGUUCGGGAUUAGCAUGGUGAAAUGUGUUCAUGUCUUGAGGGGGUGUACCAAUCAUGGUUUUAGCAAUAUAUAUAAUUCUCGUUAGAUCUCUAACAUUGAAGUCAAUAUUUCAUUUGCUUUUUCGUCAUUCCCGUUGUCAUUUUUUCUAGAGUUCUUUGAUAAUUCUACUAAGAUUACUUUUUCUCCCCACAUGCAUUUAUGUUGGAAGUGAUGAUGACAUUUAUAACAUUCCGGGUAGCAUCGGUCGUGAUGAUAACAUCAAGACGACAACACUUCGAUGUGGGUAAGAACAUACUAUUAUCAUGAUGAUGACAUAUAAAACAACAGUGGGGAGGGGGGGGGGCACAAGGCGGCGAUAGAGCUACACUAGCCAUGGCAACCGUGACAAUAUAAUGUUGAUAGGUGAGAUGACGAUGACAAACUACAAUCACACACUCAUUAUUGUUAUUCUAGUGAAGAGGAAAUUGAGACAAUGAUAAUGGUUGAGGCAUCUCAUUAUUGAUGCCACAAUUUAUUGGAGGUUGGCACAUCAUAGAGUUCGAAGAGAGACUAGUUAUUCGUUUGGCUAAUUCAUCUGAAGUUGUACAAUUUGGUGUUUUCUUGUUGCAGUUGUUGUAAGGUAUUGAACUUUUCUCCCAACCCUCGUACAAUGGUUGAGAGAUGACUCUUUACCCAACUCUAGUGCAACAGUUGGGUAAUUACACUUCACAUAGCUAUUAAGUGCAAUGGUUGAGUGCCGAGUCUCCCUCAAUCAUGAAGUGCAAUGGUUAAGGGAUUGACCAUCCAUUAGUGCAAUAGAUGGGUGGAUAACAAAUAUAUGCUUGCAAAACAAACCUUUCACCCAACAUUUAUGUGCAAUGGUUAGGGUGAGAGCACAUGGAUGUAAUAAAAUAUUAAGAGACUAACUAAAUGAAAUAGACACUAGCAAAUAACAAUAAAAAUAAAAUUCUUUAUAUUUAUUUACCUUUGGGUGUAAAUAUUAGGGGGAGCGGUGAGACGACAUCAUAUUGGAGGUGAGAAAAUGCAUAGUCACAAUCCCUACACAAGAAAGACUUUGGGUUAGAGAUUAAAGAGUGAUUCAAUGACUCGAGUCUGCUAUAUUCUAUACAUUUCUCGAUAUGAAAAGUGACCAACAUUAUGGUAGUAGGGUCGUAUAUAGAGGGUGGUGACAACUAAUGAAGCAAACCACUUUUGGCAUAACUUAUUGAGAGUUUUUUGUGGAGGGAGGCCAAGAUGAUUGGGUGGUGGCACUAUGUUAAGGCGAUUGUCGAUAAAGGUAGCUAAACACGAGAUGGAAACCAUGGAAUCAAGGUGAAGACAUCAGAAACUCGAAUGAUAGGGAUUUUCACGCUAAUGGUCAACAUAAAUGGUGGCAAUGGUGAGGGCUUGGUCUUGAAGGGUGGUUUGUAAAUCUCAAGUCAAAAAAUAUUUUUGUAAAUAAUCAUUUUGCCUCCAA